ACACUGACUCUAACCCUCUGUGGAAAUGAGUCCACAUUAGCCGCGUUAGCUUAGCAUAGUCUCACACUCGGAAAGGUAUCAGUGGGACACCGUGUCCGGCGUGGGCUGUUGAAACUGGAACGCACUGACUUUUAGCUCCGUGAAGACACCGGGACAAAGUCAAACCCAGAGAGCAGAACUUCCAGAGCAGAACUUCCAGAGCAGAACUUCCAGAGCAGAACUUCCAGAGCGGACACACACACACACAGCUGUCCUCCAGGAAGGCUGAAGCAUUUCCAAUGACAAGUGCCAAAAAGCCCCAGAGUCUCCUCCGGGAGGCUUCCCAUCAGAUUGUCGCCGGUGGAUCCGCAGGUCUUGUUGAGAUCUGCUUGAUGCAUCCCCUGGAUGUUGUGAAGACACGGUUUCAGAUCCAGAGGGGAACCAGUGACCCCACCAGCUACAAGAGCCUGGGUGAUUGCUUUCGGACUAUCUUCCGCAAAGAGGGGAUAUUCGGUUUCUACAAGGGAAUUCUUCCACCAAUUCUGGCAGAGACACCAAAGAGAGCAGUCAAGUUUUUCACUUUUGAGCAGUACAAGAAGUUGCUGAAUCUGACCCCUUUGUCUCCUGGUCUGGCGCUGUCUGUAGCAGGGCUGGGUUCAGGCUUGACUGAGGCUGUCGUCGUCAACCCGUUCGAGGUGGUGAAAGUCAGUCUCCAAGCCAACCGAGAUUCUUUCAAAGAGCAACCCUCCUCAUUUGCUCAAGCAAGACGCAUCAUUAAGACGGACGGCUUUGGAUCAAAAGGCUUAAAUAAAGGAUUAACAUCAACACUGGGACGCCAUGGGGUUUUCAACAUGAUCUACUUUGGCUUCUACUUCAAUGUCAAGGAUGCAAUCCCUACCAGCCCGGAUCCUACAUUAGAGUUCCUGAGGAAGUUCACCAUCGGCCUUGUGUCUGGAACCAUCUCUUCCUGUGUGAACAUUCCCUUUGACGUCGCCAAGAGCCGCAUCCAAGGCCCGCAGCCGGUGCCGGGGGAAAUCAAGUAUCGCACCUGCUUCCAGACCAUGGCGCUGGUGUACCGGGAAGAAGGGUAUCUGGCACUUUAUAAGGGGCUGGUGCCAAAGAUAAUGAGGCUUGGACCAGGUGGAGCAGUGAUGCUACUCGUCUAUGAAUAUGUGUUUGGAUGGCUACAGAGAAACUGGUAAUGAAAGGGAAAAAACAGGAACAGAAGACCUGCAGAAGUGCCUUAUGGGUGACACCUCAAAGCCAGUAUCAUGAAGUAACUCCAGUCCUGGUCGACUAAGUUGUUUAGGGCUUUUUUUUGUUUUCGUUUUUUGCCUCAAAUACAAACUGCAAAAUACCAAACCAGCAAUACAAAAAUGGAGCUUGAAGAAAAAUGUCUGAAUUGAUUACUCAAAUACGGAAGAAAGAAUUUACAUGCAUUUUCAACAUACAUUGUCUAUUUUAACAGUGGGUCAAAAAACAUUUAAUUUCAAAUAAAUAUAAUAGGAGGAGAUUUCACAGAUGUUUACAUGAGAUCACUAUAUGAAGAUAUGGAAAAAAAACUUUAGACGUACUAUCAGUCAUCACAUAGCUACACAACAGAUGUCAUCCUGCAGUCUGAGUUCAGACAGGCCUGGUGUUACGGACGAACCAAUCAGUCCUCAGUUGGACUCAGUGACUCAUGCACCUCUGUCAAACAUCACUUGUAUAUCUUAAUGUACUGUUCAGUAAAGAGCAACUUAUGAAGUCAGCUGCACACCCACUGAUGCAGUGGAGUGACGCACCAGUGUCAGUGUGUACACAUAAAUAAUGAAUAUGUCUUUAAAUUUGACACAUCUGUAUGGUCACAAAUAUACACUGUAAUCAGAUAAAAUACUGAGCCUUAUACAUGAUCUCAGACUUGACAGCAGCAGUUGUACCAAAAAUUCAUUAACUGUAAAGACUUAGAUCCUUUUUAGAUGAAUAUCUUUGUGCAUGGUUAAUAUUUUUUGUACCUUAAGUGCAAAAUAUUUACAUUUCAUGGUUUUAUUCAAAAGACACAUUGUUGACCUUUUUAAACUUUCAAGUUCCUUGUUAAACAGCAUUUGUAGGAAGAUACUUUCAUAUAUUGGUAACAAACACAGAAUAAAAGAAGACAAUAUUCUACUUU